GUGGCCUAAAGAAGUAAAGGUAGAUAAGUAAUUGAAAUGGCUGAUAAAGUAAAAGAUGCCUUUGGAAGACUGGGUAAAGGUCCAUCUGGAUUAACUACAGGCGUCAAGCUGUUAUUAGGUGCUGGAGCAUUAGCAUAUGCAGUUAAAGAGUCAAUGUAUACAGUUGAUGGUGGUCAUCGAGCAAUCAUUUUCAGUCGUAUUGGCGGCAUACAGCAAGACAUUUAUUCUGAGGGCCUACAUUUUAGGAUACCUUGGUUCCAGUACCCCAUCAUAUAUGACAUCAGGUCUCGGCCAAGGAAGCUGUCUUCCCCAACAGGAAGCAAAGAUUUACAGAUGGUGAACAUUUCCCUACGUGUGUUGUCAAGACCACUGAAUACCGCCCUCCCACAAAUGUACCGACAACUUGGUACGGACUAUGAGGAGCGUGUGCUGCCAUCUAUAUGUAAUGAGGUUUUAAAGAGCGUGGUUGCCAAGUUUAAUGCUUCGCAGCUGAUCACCCAACGUCAACAGGUCAGUUUGCUAAUCCGACGCCAAUUGACGAAUCGAGCAAAAGACUUCAACAUAGUCCUUGAUGAUGUCUCAAUUACUGAGCUUAGUUUUGGAAGGGAAUAUACGGCUGCAGUAGAGUCUAAACAGGUUGCUCAACAGGAAGCCCAGAGGGCGCAAUUUCUUGUAGAGAAAGCAAAGCAGGAACGACAACAGAAGGUGGUGCAGGCUGAGGGAGAAGCUGAGUCAGCUAUUAUGCUUGGAGAGGCCAUCUCUCAGAACCCUGGCUACCUGAAGCUGAGGAAGAUUAGAGCUGCUCAGAACAUUGCAAGAACUGUGGCCUCCUCUCAGAAUCGUGUAUACUUGAACGCUGGCAGUCUAAUGUUGAACGUCUCAGAUAAAGAGUUUGAUGAGUCAGCGAAAAGAAUCGAAAAGAAGAAAUAGAGCAAUAUACAGAUUUGUUAUAUCAAUAAUUCGACAUUUUGGCAUUAGACAGACACCUAAAGAUGUCAACUUUCAUCUACUAACUAAUCAUGAAAUUAUCACUACUUUUACUUUUUUCUAUGGCAUACUUUAUGAAUGAUAUAAUACAGGCCUCCCACUAACUAAAGACCCCUCCAAUUAUAGACCAUAUUUCUGUGGUCCCAUAUUAACAAAUGUUUUUUAUCUUUAUUAUUCUAAUUAGACCAAAGCUGCUAGAUACCAAGGAAACACCGGUUCCCAAAAAAGGUCUUUAAUUGGAGGGAGACCUGUAUUGUUUUAAUUCUGAAUAUACUUACAUAAUUUCAUUAUAUUUGUUCCAUUUCAUUUACCAUAAGGAAGAUCUUGUGUCCUGAAUUGAUAUCACAUAAUAUGGAAGUUAAUACCUGAUUGGUUUUUACAAAAAUAAACCGCUUUAAGUGUAUCAAUCGCCAAUAACCUUUGUAAUUUUUUAAAGAAUUUUGAAUGUUGAAAUAAUGGAAAGUUAUGCGGACAUUAAAAUUCAUAUGGAAUGUAA